CGUUCUCUUACAUGGUCAAAUUGUGUAUUGGCGAUAACAAAAUCAUCAUCAACGUCAUAUUCUUCCCCUUUCUCUCUACUAUUAGUUCGUGUUCUCAUUUCUUGGUCUGUAGUUUCAUUGUUAAUCUUCAUCAACAACCGUGAAAUCAACCAUCAAAUUUUCAGAUCCGAUUUGAAAAAUAACAAUUUUUUGCCAUUUAUUUUGAUUUAUUGGCAAUAUAAAUAAUCGAUUUGCUUAUUUAGUAAAUAUAACAACUUUUUCGAAUUUCGAAAGCCUAAAUUCGACGCUAAUCCGUAGAUCUGAUCACAAACACAUCGAUUUCUUUGUGUUCCUGUGGUCUUAGAAACAAUUUGGUGAAUUAAAACUUAGAUCGGGUUCAGACUCCGAAAAACCCUAGAUUUGGUUUUAUUGGCAUGGGAAGUGAUGUUAAAAUGAAAGUGGGUUCAAAUGAAGAAGGUGAAAUUUCUGAAGAGAAUGAAUCUAAGUUGUGGAAACAACAAUCCAUCAACAAGACAGCGACGGCGGUGACGGAAACAACAACGGUAACUUCGGAUUCAUCGAAUAACAAAGAUAACAAUCACAAAAACAGUUAUUGGAUGAGGGAUCUGUAUAAGUAUUCAUAUCCAAGAGGAUAUGGAGCUGCCUCUGGUUUGUAUAAUUUAGCAUGGGCGCAAGCUGUACAGAAUAAGCCUCUGAAUGAGGUUCUUGUUGAGCUUAAGAAAGAUGAUAUUGAUGAAAAAAAGAACAAGAACAAUAACACCAAUAGUAGUAGUGAUGUGGAUAAUACCACUGAUGUGAAAGAACAACAACAACAACAAGAUGAACAACCAAUGUUAGUAAAUAGUAAUGGUGUUGCUAGUAGUAAUGAAGUUGCUGAGGUCGUUGAUAGUGAAAAAGAAGAAGGUGAAUUGGAAGAAGGUGAAAUUGAUUUUGAUUCUGAUACUGAUAAUAACAAUAAUCAGUUCAAUAAUGGUAAUAAAGUUGAAGUUGGGUUUAGUGGAUUUGAGAUGGAUGAUGAAGAAUUGGAAAAUCAAGUGUCUUCUAUUCGUAAAGUUCUUCACAAUGUCAGUAUUGCUGAAGCUAAUAAAUCAUUUGAUAUUGUGUGCGCUCGAUUGCAAAGUUCGUUGGAGAGUUUGAGACAGUUGGUAUUGCAUACAUGGUUUCCUUCAAAGGAUGCACUCAUUCAACAAUCUUUUGAUGCUAUUCUGUGUGUUUACUCUGUUUACACUUCUAUGAGUGAUACUAUAAAAGAUCAGAACAAGGAUAGGAUGUCAAGGCUGCUUACGUUUGUCAAGAGUUUUAGUUCUGUUCUUUUUACACCAGAACAGAGAAAAGAGGUGGAAGACAUGAUUGCCGCUGUUAACCCACCUGUAGUUUCUGUUAAAUCCAAAUCCAGGAACAGGCAAGAGGAGUUGCCGGUUACAGAAAAGGCCAUCCUCACUGAUUUGAACACUUUAACUGUGAAUACUGGUGAUUAUGGUUCGGACAAUUUGAAAAAAAAAGGAUUUGAUUCGUCUGUUUACCAGGCUGAAAGAAAGAACAAUGACAUUCUAUCAGAUGCAAUCAAACAAUUUCAGUCUAAUUCAAAGAAUAGGAACAGUUUUGGUCCUCUGCUUGAUCUGCAUAAAGUUCAUGAUGAAGAUAGUCUUCCAUCGCCUACCAGUAAAGCAAUGCCCCCCUCGCCUUUCCUUGAAUCAGCUGCCCCCCCUAAGGUAGGGCAUGCUUUGCAGAAUCCUGGGGUGCAUCCUUAUGAGACUGAUGCGGUGAAGGCUGUGUCAAGUUACCAACAAAGGUUUGGUCGGAGUACGUUCUUAGCAAUGGAUAGACUUCCUAGUCCAACUCCGUCUGAAGAUGGAAAUGAUGGUGGUGCUGAUGAUAACAAUGAGGAGAUUUCGAGUUCUAUAGCCCAUAAUUCUCUCAAUAGGAAUACAAAUCCCUCAGUCGUGCUUCAAUCAGUUGCUUCUUCUGCCGUUCAGACAACUAGUUCAACUGUACAACGCUUAGUCAGUGGUACUAAUGCUGGAAUUCCGUGUGCUGUGUCUUCUCCUUCAUUGCGUGUUCCUGUGAAGAGCCGAGAUCCUAGGCUUCGGCAUCUUAAUCCUAAUUUUGGCUCGUUAGACCUUAGUUUUUGUCCCUCACCUCUGGUACCUUUUUCAGCAUCAAAAUUGGAGCCUCUGUCUGAGUUGAUGAAUCCCAAGAAAGUCAAGGCAGCUGAAGUUCCUAUCUUGGAUGGUCCUGCACUCAAGAGGCCACGGAUUGUCCAGGAAAAUGAAGCUAAGGUCACAAAUGCAAAUCCUGUAAAAACAGUGCUAGGAAGUACUGGAGUUGAGACUAGUAAUAUUCCAGGGUCGCAAUUUGCAAGUAGAGGGCUCUUGGUGUCAACAAAUGAUCCUCGAAAAUCAUUAAGCAGUACUGUUUCCACCGGAAUUACUGACAUUAGUCCCAGUGUCACAGUGAAUUCAACUACACAACCUGUAAUGAGUAUUAGUGGCACGCCUUCAUUGCAGUCCCUGUUGAAAGACAUUGCAGGAAAUCCAGCAGCGUGGAUGAAUAUUAUUAACGAGCAGAAAAAAUCCAGUGAACCUGUGCAGAGUGUAUUACAUUCAGGAAACUUAAAGUCAAUACUAGGAGCAGCACCAUUGCCUACUACUGCUGCCACAGUUUCACCUGGGGUGGUGCAGACGAGUGCAGGAUUGCUUCAGGUUCCUUCUCAGCCAGCGGUCACGGAUGAAUCUGUAAAACUUCGCAUGAAACCCAGAGAUCCUCGCCGUGCCCUGCAUCAAAGGACUGGAAUUUCAGUGGCAGAGCAGCCUAAGUUGAAUGGAGUCCACAGUGCAACAACACAGGGACUCCAGGACAAUUUAAAUUCCCAAAGGCAUGCUAAUGGGACAAGCUUAAGUGCGGCAUCUGCUCAGACGCCAGCUUUACCUGAUAUUACGAAGCAGUUUACAAAGAAUUUGAGAAAUAUUGCUGACAUAAUUUCUGCCCCUCAAACAUCCAGCGUACAGUCUCCACUUCCAAAAAGUACUGCAUCUGUGCAAUCUAAUUUGGAUAGAGUAAGUGCUAGUUCUGGUGGGCUAGUAAAUACUGCUGAUCAGCGUACUGGCUCUGGAUUGAAGCCUGAAGAAGUUGCAACUGGUCGUCCACAAUGGCAGAACAGUUGGGGAGAUGUUGAGCAUCUUUUUGAAGGAUAUGAUGAUCAGCAGAAGGCAGCUAUACAGCAAGAGAGAACUAGAAGGCUUGACGAACAGAAGAAAAUGUUUGCUUCUCGUAAAUUAUGUCUUGUGUUGGACCUGGAUCACACGCUUCUUAAUUCAGCGAAGUUCACUGAGGUAGAUCCUGUGCAUGAUGAGAUCUUGAGAAAGAAAGAGGAGCAAGAUCGUGAAAAGCCUCGGAGGCAUCUCUUUCGUUUUCCUCAUAUGGCGAUGUGGACGAAAUUGCGACCCGGUAUUUGGACUUUCUUAGAGAAGGCAAGUAAGCUUUAUGAAUUACAUCUUUAUACAAUGGGUAACAAGUUGUAUGCCACUGAGAUGGCCAAAGUGCUUGAUCCAAAGGGAAGUUUGUUUGCUGGCCGAGUUAUCUCACGGGGUGAUGAUGGGGAUCUUUUUGAUGGUGAUGAACGGGUCCCCAAGAGCAAGGAUUUAGAGGGUGUUUUGGGUAUGGAAUCUUCUGUUGUAAUAAUAGAUGAUUCUGCCAGAGUUUGGCCACAUAACAAGCAUAAUUUGAUAGUUGUGGAAAGGUAUAUAUAUUUUCCUUGUAGUAGGAGACAAUUUGGGUUGCAAGGACCUUCACUUCUUGAGAUUGACCAUGAUGAGAGACCAGAAGAAGGAACACUGGCAUCAUCGUUGGCAGUUAUCGAAAGAAUACACCAAAACUUUUUUGCUCACAAGGCCCUAGAUGAUGUGGAUGUGAGAAAUAUAUUGGCUUCCGAACAGCGAAAGAUUUUGGCAGGUUGCCGUAUUGUAUUCAGCAGGGUUUUUCCUGUUGAGGAAGCUAAUCCUCAUUUACACCCACUUUGGAAGACGGCACAGCAAUUUGGUGCUGUGUGCACCAAUCAGAUUGAUGAACAAGUCACCCAUGUAGUUGCCAAUUCUCCAGGGACUGACAAGGUUAAUUGGGCUCUAUCAACUGGAAGAUUUGUUGUGCAUCCUGGCUGGGUUGAAGCGUCUGCAUUACUUUAUAGAAGGGCAAAUGAACAAGAUUUUUCCAUCAGUUCCUAAACAAUUACAAUCCGUCCUGCCCUGGUCAUACAAACACCAUUAAGUUCAGGUGUUUUAAACUUCUGGAAUCAGGGCUGGGGAAACCAGAAACUUCUUUCAUAUUUUCUGGGAAAAUCUAAUCUCAAACCCACCCUUGCUAGUGAUGGUCCAAAUGUAGUUUUGAUGGUGAGGAUCAGGCCUAGCUUUCAUCCCUUAACCUUUCGCUAUGCAUUUGUGGUCGUGUGUCGCUCCAAGAAUUGGGUUGUGGAAGUAUAUUCUUAUAGGUACACUGGAAAAGUUUUGUGGUUGUGUUAAUAGUUUGGAAAGGAUUCUACAGCUAAAGGUCAUUCCAUUUUUGGGAUUAUACUUGGCGUUGCAUGGGAUAAUGGUCGUUGCUCCAACAGUUUUGAGAAGGUAAUUGGAGGGAAACCAAUGUCAUGGGUCUAAAGAGGAUGAUUAGGACCAAUGUCGAGCAUUUCUGGUAUGUGGUGUCCCCUUGCGGGGCUAAGGGAUAAGCUGGGACGUUUUUAUUAGUCGUGGUUGCGUAGAAAAAGCGUGAUUUUUUGGCAACUUUGCCCUAAAAGAUUCAAGAGGCAAAGUCGCCAAGGCUGGACAAAGUAAUUGUGUGUGGAAGCCGAAAAUAUUAAUCUUUAUAACUAACCAUUAACACAAGAGAAAAAAUUGAGGGAGGAAUGUGGACUUAAAAAGAACUUUUUGACCAAAAUUGAAGAAAUACCAUUCAGAUUACCGUAGUCUAAACCAGUUACGAGUUAGACGACUGGUUAGGUUGUGUGUCAUAUAAUUUCAAUAUGCAAAUAUGUCGGUCUUGUUGAACUCCCAAUCUAAUUAACCUCAUUAGAGGAAAAUCGGCAAGUAGGAUCGUGUUGAUCAGUCUGUUCCUUGGAAGCCUUUAUAUCACCCAGAAUAUGUAGCAAUAGCUUCUGUGACUUCACAUAAAUCCGCCUCAUAGAACUACUACAAAUUCUACAAUACUACAAGUAAAAGUAUUCUUAAUUUGGCUCCCAAAUUCGACCUCUUAUUAUAUUAGGUUAUGACGUGAAAAAGUAGUAUUAGUUAUUGAAGAAAUCUGCAUUUGUGAUUUAAAUGGACAAAAUUUAAUGAAUUGUUUCUAGUUUAUGAAACUCAUUCUGAAAUUUUCAUGUCA